AUGCCCUCAGGCGUCUCCCCGGCCCUCCCGGCUCCUCGGCCGUCCCUGCGGAGCGCGGCUCCUGACCACGCCCACGGCUCGCCUCCUCCACCCGCUCCGCGCGCCUCGCACGUGUCUGGGGGAAACACAGCCAAACGUCGACUUAUGAUUCAGGGACGAGGACCGCGAGAGCAGUCUUCACCUUCUCAUCCUUCUUCAUUUCACAGUAUACAAAUACGCUCUUACUGCUUCUCAUCACAGGUAACUCGCCUUUUGCAGAGCAACCGCCGCCGCCGAACGGUCUGGGAUAAAAGUGAAAGUGGUGAUUGGCAUUGUACUGCUAGCUGGAAGACACAUAGUGGAUCUGUAUGGCGUGUGACAUGGGCCCAUCCUGAAUUUGGACAGGUUUUGGCUUCCUGUUCUUUUGACCGAACAGCUGCUGUAUGGGAAGAAAUAGUAGGAGAAUCAAAUGAUAAACUGCGAGGACAGAGCCACUGGGUUAAAAGGACAACUCUGGUGGAUAGCAGAACAUCUGUUACUGAUGUGAAGUUUGCUCCCAAGCACAUGGGUCUUAUGUUAGCAACCUGUUCGGCAGAUGGUAUAGUAAGAAUAUAUGAGGCACCAGAUGUUAUGAAUCUCAGCCAGUGGUCUUUGCAGCAUGAGAUCUCAUGUAAGCUAAGCUGUAGUUGUAUUUCUUGGAACCCUUCAAGCUCUCGAGCUCAUUCCCCCAUGAUCGCUGUAGGAAGUGAUGACAGUAGCCCCAACGCAAUGGCCAAGGUUCAGAUUUUUGAAUAUAAUGAAAACACCAGGAAAUAUGCAAAAGCUGAAACUCUUAUGACAGUCACUGAUCCCGUUCAUGAUAUUGCAUUCGCUCCAAACUUGGGAAGAUCUUUCCAUAUUCUAGCAAUAGCAACCAAAGAUGUGAGAAUUUUUACAUUAAAACCUGUGAGGAAAGAACUGACUUCCUCUGGUGGGCCAACAAAGUUUGAAAUCCAUAUAGUGGCUCAGUUUGAUAAUCAUAAUUCUCAGGUCUGGCGAGUGAGUUGGAAUAUAACAGGAACGGUGCUAGCAUCUUCAGGAGAUGAUGGCUGUGUAAGAUUGUGGAAAGCUAAUUAUAUGGACAAUUGGAAGUGUACUGGUAUUUUGAAAGGUAAUGGGAGCCCAGUCAAUGGGAGUUCUCAGCAGGGAAACUCAAAUCCUUCCCUAGGUUCAAAUAUUCCAAGUCUUCAGAAUUCAUUAAAUGGAUCUUCUACUGGCAGGUAUUUCUUUCCCCCUCUGGAUUCCCCACGGGCUGGAUCGAGAUGGUCCAGUUAUGCCCAGCUCCUUCCUCCUCCUCCUCCUCCUCUGGUAGAGCACUCUUGCGAUGCUGACACUGCCAACCUCCAGUAUCCUCACCCUCGCAGACGAUAUCUCUCUCGGCCUCUUAAUCCCUUACCUGAGAAUGAAGGGGUUUAAAACACUGAUUUAACAUUGAAAGGCCUUAUUCAAGUGCUUGUAAAUGCUUUCAUUUCUGGCUGCUUUUUGUUUUUCUUCACUUUCUUUCAGAAGAUUUUUCUAACUUAGGGUCUGUCUUGCAUGUAUUACAACUGGAACACGGUGUUUCGAACCUAAAUCUGUUUGUGCGUCUCCAUCAAAGGAACGUUGGCUUCACUGGGUGAUAACCUUUGAUGAAAUGAGAUAUGUCCAAGUAACGUUAACUGUGAAGUUACACACAGUAGCUGACUUCAAAGUGCCUGUUUUGUAAAUUUUAUUUUGAACUGUUACCAUAGUCUUAAGUUGUUUAUCCUUUAUCAGACUGGCUAAUGUGAAAGCAUAUUCUUAUGAAGCUGAUUCUGUCUUUGAGACCUUAGAAAAUGGAUUUCAUUUUACAGGCUAAUGUUGCAACUGACUAGUAUGUAAAGUAAAUCAUUCCUGUGUAUAAAGCAGCAAAACCCAA